AUGGGCAAACAAAAUGCUAAUAAAGGUUUGUAUGAUAGUAGAUAUGAAAAAGAUGCAUGUGGGGUAGGUGUUGUAGCAGAUAUUAAUGGAAAGUGUUCUAGAAGUAUAAUUCAAAAAGCAUUGCAAAUAUUAUUAAGAUUAAGUCACAGAGGAGGUGUGCAAUCAAAUGAUGGAGAUGGUGCAGGCAUUUUAGUUGGCAUACCUCAUGAUUAUUUUCAAAUGUUAAGUGACACUUGUCAAUUACCUUUUUUGUUACCAGAAAAGGGGGACUAUGCUGUUGCACAAAUUUUUUUACCACAAAAUGAAGAAAGAAGACUUUAUUUAUACCAUGAAAUAGAAAAAGAAGUAUACAACCAUGGGCUAGUUGUUUUAGGAUGGAGAUCACCAAUUCCUGUGCGUAGAGAUGUCAUCAGUGCCAAUGUAAAAAAAAGUGAACCUUUUAUUGCUCAAAUGUUUGUAUGUAAAAGAUCUGUUUUUAAGAAUUAUGACGAUUUUAAUAUUUAUCCAUUUUCGGAUAUUAAUUUUACAGAUGAUACAAAUUUGAACUUAAAUGAUCUUCCAGAUGACAUUGAAUUGCUUACUUUUUUUAUAAGAAAAAAAUUAGUCAGACAUAACGAUAUGUACUUUUGUAGUUUUUCUUCACGUACAAUUGUUUAUAAAGGACUGUUAACACCAUCGCAAAUAUAUUUAUAUUUUGAAGAUUUACUAAGUGAGCAAUUUACUUCUUAUUUGGCCAUGGUUCAUGUAAGAUUUUCGACAAAUACCUCUCCUACAUGGUAUGCAGCUCAUCCAUUCAGGAGAAUAUGUCACAAUGGUGAAAUAAAUACUAUAAGUGUUAAUUCUAUAUUAUUUCAAGCACGAAUGCAAUCAGCCAAAGCUCCUGAUUUUUUUAAAUCGGUUACAAUAAAAGAUUUAAGACCAAUAAAUGAAGAGAACUAUAUUAUUUAUGAUAAUGAUGAUGAAAUAUUACAAAAAAAAGAUACUUUUGAAGAUAUUAUGUUAACACAAAAUAGACUAAAAAAAAAAUCAAGAAGAAAUUUACUCUUAAAAUUAAAGAGAGAUUAUACCUAUAACAGUUCAGCAUUACACUAUAAAAUAAAAAGAGAAUACAUGAACUCUGACAUAAAUAGUAACUCGGAAUUUUUAAGUAAUGUAAACGAAUGUUCAAAAAGUUCUUCAGAUGAAGAAAUGGACAUUAAUGAAGAAUAUAUAAUGAAUAAUUUAAAGGAAAAAAACAAUAAUAAAGAUUUUGGAAAAUCUAUGAAGACUCAGUUAAAACAUGGAGAAACUAAAAAAACUAAAGGUGCAAUUAGCUUUGCUUCUGAUUCUUCCAUUUUAGAUAAUGCUAUAGAGUUUUUGGCUAUGACGGGAAGAGGAAUAGAACAUGCUGUUAUGAUGUUAAUGCCACGAGCAUAUCAAAAAGAUCCUAAUAUAAGUCCUUUGGAAAAAGCAUUUUAUGAAUAUCAUACAUGUAUAAUGGAACCAUGGGAUGGACCUGCUUUAGUUAUUUUUACUGAUGGAUACAAAUUAGGUGCAUCUUUAGAUAGAAAUGGUUUAAGACCAGCUAGAUAUAGUAUUACCAAUGACGGAUUGUUUAUAUUAUCUAGCGAAACUGGUGUUGUAGAUUUAUCAUAUGAUAAAAUUACUCAUAAAGGUUCUGUAUAUCCAGGAAAAGUAGUUCUUAUAGAUUUUAAAGAAAAAAAAUUUUUAAGGCAUGAAGAGGUUUUAAGUAAUUUUUUAAAAUUAAAGCCUUAUAAAAAGUGGUUAGAUCAUUAUUCUAUAAAUUUAGAUAAUAUUAUAAAACCUGGUUCUAAUAUGGAAAAUAUUCGUAUGAAUGCUUAUAAGUAUGGUGCAAAGUUAAAUAAGGAAAAUUUUGAUGAUGACAGCAAAAAGGAUCUAGAUUAUUAUGAUGAAUCUUUAAUCAAAAAAUUAAAAGCUUUUGGCUACACAUAUGAUGCCUUUAAUAUUAUUAUUUCUCCUAUGGUAAAGCAUGCUGCAGAUGGUUUAGGAUCUAUGGGUAAUGAUACAGCUUUCCCUGUGCUAAGUUAUUUACAUAGAAAUUUAUUGUACUAUUUUCAACAAACAUUCGCUCAAGUUACUAAUCCAGCUAUAGAUCCAAUAAGAGAAGAAAAUAUUAUGUCCCUAAUGAGUAAUUUAGGAAAAGAAGGGGAUAUAUUGCACUGUACAUAUGAAAAUUGUCAGCGUAUAUUUAUAAACGGACCCAUAUUAAAUGAAGCACUCUAUAAUAUGUUAUUUCAAUUGCCUGACUUUCCAUAUAUUAUAAUUGAUAUGACCAUAGAUUUGGAUAAAAUAGAAGCCAUGAUGUCAGGUGAAUAUUGUGAUGAUACUAAGAAUGACACAAAAAGUACUCCAUUAAAAAAAAAUAAUGCAGAUUCUUUUAAGUUAGAAGAAGAAAAAAUGAAGAAUGUGAAGGAAGAGAUGAAUAAAAAAAAAAUAUCAUCAAAAUAUUUAAUUAAAUUUAUUGAUAACAUUAAUACAAAAGUUGAAAAUGCUGUUCGAAGAGGAUUUCAAUUAGUUAUUUUAUCACAUAGCAACGUAAGUGAAACAAAAGUUCCUAUAUUUUCUAUAUUAAUUGUGGGAGCAUUACAUAAAUAUUUAUUAAGUAAAAAUUUAAGAACGAAAUGUUCUCUUAUUGUUAAAGCUGGAGAUUGUUUUGAGAUACAUCAUCUAGCUGUACUUUUAUCCUUUGGUGCUGAUUGUAUCUAUCCUUUUAUACUAUAUGAAAGUCUUCAAUUUAUAAAAUAUGGAGAUAAUGAAGCAAGAUUAAGUAAUAGUCAAAUGAUAAGUAAUUACAGGCAUGCAGCGAAUUAUGGUAUAUUGAAAAUUAUGUCGAAAAAUGGAAUAUCUACAUUGCCAAGUUAUAAGGGUUGUGGUUUAAUGCAACCCUUAGGCAUAUCAGAUGAAAUAUUAAAAAAGUGCUUUAUAAAUGUAUGCGAUUCUAUUAUUGGUGGAGUGACAUUUGAAUUUGUUGAAAAAGAAAUAUUAAGUAUAUUUUAUAAUGCAUAUCCAAAAAGAAUAUUAUCAUUAAAUGUUAAAGAUGCAAUUGAAGAGUUAGAUGACUAUGGUGAAUAUCAUUUUAGGAGUAUAGGAAAGACGCAGAUGCAUAUGAAUCAUCCGGAGACAAUUAGUUUAUUACAAAAAGCAACUAGAACAGCGAAUAUAGAUACUUAUAAAAAAUAUUCAGAGUUGCAGAAUGAAUUAAUAAAUCAUUGUGAAAUCAGGGGACAAUUAGAAAUAAAUUACAAAAAAUGUCCAUCUUAUAACAAAAAAAAAAAAAGAAAUGAACCUAUAAAUAUUAAUUUAGUUGAGCCCAUUAAUAAAAUUUUAUUGAGAUUUUGUACUGCAGCUAUGUCUUUUGGAUCUUUAUCUGAAGAGGCACAUACAACAAUUGCCACUGCCAUGAAUAGUAUAGGAUUAAAAUCAAACACUGGUGAAGGUGGAGAACCAGAAGAUAGAAUUAAAACAGCACCAAAUGAACCAAAUACUAGUUCUGCUGUGAAACAAAUAGCAUCUGCUCGAUUUGGUGUAACUGCAUAUAGCUUAGUAAAUGCACAAGAGUUACAAAUUAAAGUAGCUCAAGGAGCAAAACCAGGAGAAGGAGGAGAAUUACCAGGAUAUAAAGUAAGUGCCAGAAUAGCUUCAGUUCGUAGAAGUACACCUGGUAUUGGUCUAAUUUCCCCUCCACCUCAUCACGAUAUGUAUUCUAUUGAAGAUGUUGGGCAAUUAGUAUAUGAUCUAAAAAAUAUAAAUAAAGAAGCAAAAAUAUCAGUUAAAUUAGUUUCUAAAUUAGGUAUUGGUGUUAUUACUUCUGGUGUUGUUAAAGGAAAUUGUGAACAAAUUUUAAUAAGUGGCAUGUCUGGAGGUACAGGUGCUUCUAAAUGGACCUCCAUUAAACAUACUGGCUUGCCUUGGGAAAUUGGUUUAGCAGAGGCACAUCAAACUUUAUGCAAAUCUAAAUUAAGAAAAAGAGUUAUAUUACAGAUAGAUGGCCAAUUAAAAACAGGUAGAGAUGUAAUAUUAGGCGCUUUAUUAGGAGCAGAAUCUUUUAGUUUUGCUACUCAACCAUUAAUUUCAUUAGGCUGUAUUAUGAUGAGGAAAUGUCAUUUAAAUAUAUGCCCUGUAGGUAUAUGCACACAAGAUCCUGAACUAAGAAAAAAAUUUGCAGGAAAACCAGAAUAUAUCAUUAAUUUUUUCUUUAUGUUAGCAGAAGAAAUAAGAGAAUACUUAGCUCGCAUGGGCUUUCGUAAGUUUUCUCAAAUUAUAGGUAGAUCCGAUUUAUUGAAAAAAAAAGAUCAUUUAAAAUAUGAUGAAAAAAGAAAAUUGUUAGACUUUUCUAAAUUGUUAUUUCCAGGAUGGAAAUAUUAUGCUGAAGAUGAAAUUAAAGAUGAUAGUAAUAAAAGAUAUAAUAAAAAUGUAAAUGAUAAAAAAAGAAACAAUACUAAUUCAUUGUAUUUAAGUUCUAAAUAUAAAGGAUCCAAUUCAAGUCUAAAUGCUUUGAGUAAAAUGGGAAGAAAACAAGUGUUAAUAAAUGAGAAUUAUAACACUAUUAAAAAAUAUGAUAUAUCAAAAGGGGAUGGUGGAGAAUAUAAAAAAAAAAAUACAAAUAAAGAAGAUACAUUCUCUUUGAAUGAAGAAUAUGAUGAAGGUGAUGCAGAAGAUGAAAAAGAAGAAAAUGAGGACGAUGAUGAUGAAGAUGAAGAAGACGAAGACGAAGACGAAGACGAAGAUGAAGAUGAUGAAGAUGAAGAUGAAGAUGAAGAAGAUGAAGAAAAUGAUGAAGAUGAAGAUGAAGAGGAAGAGGAAGAGGAUGAUGAAGAAGAAGAUGAAGAAGAUGAUGAUGAAGACGAAGAAAAGAAAGACAGAAGUGAUAUAGAAAAAUGGAAAGAAGAGAAAGAUAAGAAGGAAAAAAAAAAAAAAAAAAAUAAACAUAUUUAUGAAGAAAAUGAUUUUAAUAAUGAAAACACAAAACUUGGAAAAAUAAAAUAUUAUAUGUCUGCUAAUAAUAAGAUAAAAAAUAAGAAUGUAUCAAAUAAGCUAUUGAAAAGAAAAAUGAAUGAAAAAAAAACUCAUGGAAAAAAAAAAAAAGCAAAACCAAUGCCUAUAUUUUGUUGUGAGACACAAAAUCAUAAAUUAUCAGAUAUUAUUGAUAAAGAAUUAAUAAGAAGAUCUAAAAUAGCUCUUUUGAAUUGUACUCCUGUAAACAUAAAAAUGCCCGUAAAAAAUACCGAUAGAGCAGUUGGGGCUAUGUUAAGUUAUCACAUAAUUCAAAGAUAUGGUGAAGAAGGAUUACCUAUAGAUACUAUAAAUGUUAAAUUUAGAGGGACAGGUGGUUUAUCUUUCGGUGUUUUUUUAACAAGUGGCGUUAAUUUUGAAUUAGAAGGAGAUGCUAAUGAUUUUGUAGGAAAAGGAUUAUCUGGAGGUAUCAUCUCUGUUCAUUUUCCAAAAAAUGCUUUAUUUAUUAAUGAAUGUCAAAAAAAUAUGAUUGUAGGUAAUUCUGUUUUAUAUGGAGCUACAAAAGGAAGAGCUUUUUUUGCUGGAAGAGCAGGAGAAAGAUUUGCUGUUAGAAAUUCAGGAGCUAUUGCAGUUGUCGAAGGAGUUGGAAGUCAUGGUUGUGAGUAUAUGACUAAAGGUAUUGUAGUAGUUCUAGGGGAAAUUGGAUGCAAUUUUGCUGCUGGUAUGAGUGGAGGAAUUGCGUAUGUAUUAGAUAUUAAUGAAAAAAAUGUUAACCAUCAAAUGGUUGAUUUAAAAGUUUGCAAAAGUAUGGACGAAAAAAUGACACUAGAAAAAUUAUUGCAUGAACAUUAUGAAAGAACUAAUUCAUAUACUGCUAAAAUGUUGUUACAAAACUUCGACGACAAUUUAAAAAGAUUUACUAAAAUUAUCCCCAGAGAUAUUAAGAGGGUUUUAACAGAAGCUUGUAUUGAAUUUGUAAAAACGGGAAAUGAAGAAGCAGCUGCUAUUUUAGAUGAUUGGGCUUCAUUAUUGAAAAGCGUCGAUCAGCCGGAAAAUAUGUAUAAAAAAGCUAUGCAAUUUUUUACAACUAUUUCAGAUGAUAUAUCAGGUCUACCUAAAACAUUAGCAUUAAGAAAUGUUGAUGGUUUAAUAAUUAAUGAUAUCCUGCAGGAUCAUCAUAGUAGAAGAUUAUUGACAUUAAAAAAUUCUACAAAAGAUUUAGAUAAAUGUAUUGAACAUAAUUCAAAAAAAAAAAAAAAUUUUGAUUUUGAAAAACUUAUGCAUAACUUAGAAUUAUGUAGGAGAAAUAAUAGAAAGUGGAGAAGAUAUGCUGAAAUUCCAUAUAAAUGUAAUGCUUUUGCAGAUUUUAAAAAUUCUUUUCCAAAUUCAUUAGAUGAAAAAUCUAAAGAGAUGAUAAAAAAAUAUUUUUUUAAUGAAAAAUAUUUGUUAGAUUUGCAUCUGAAAUCAUUGAAUACCAACAAAUUUAUUGAAACUUUAAUAAAUAGAGAAGAAGAUGAAUACAUUAAUAUGAGCCAAAAACAGAUGAGUCCAAAUAUAUAUUCCCUACAAAAAUAUAUAAGUGGAAAUGAUAAACUUGAUUCAUUAAAAACAAAAUAUCUUUCUGAAGAUCCAUAUAACAUGAAUGACAAAAAUGUUAAAAAUGAGCAAAUUUCAAAAAUUGUAAGCUAUAAUGAUAAAAAUAUAGAAGUUUCGACAUAUACUACAAAAGUACAAAACAAUAACAUAAGUGACUUUAAAAAAGACAAUACUCCUUUAUCAGAAUUUCACAAUUCUGAUGAUAUUAGAACUACUUAUAGGAAAAAUAGUAUUAAUUUUUCAGAAAAAAAAUUAAAAAAAAAUAAUAAUGAAAAUGAGGUAUGCGAUGUAGUACAUAUUAAAUCAUAUUAUGAAAGUUUUUCAAAUAAUAAUCCCUCAAAACCAUUUUUAGUUGCAAAUCCCAAUAAAGUUACAGGAUUUAAAGAUUAUGAAAGGUUAUCUCAUCCUCUUAAAGAUAUUAGUAGUAGAGUACUAGAUUAUUCUGAAAUAAUUGUACCUAUAAAUGUAAAAAGUAAAUUACAUAAUCAAUUACUAAAAACACAAGCAUCAAGAUGUGCCGACUGUGGUACACCAACUUGCCAUUAUCCAAAUUCCAGUGGAGGUGGAUGCCCAUUGGGAAAUAGAAUAUUUGAUUGGAAUAAUUUAAUAUAUGAAAAUGAAUGGAAAAAAGCUUUAGAACGUUUAUUAGAUACUAAUAAUUUUCCAGAAAUUACGGGUAGAGUUUGUCCAGCUCCCUGUGAAGACGCAUGUGUUUUGAGCAUAAAUGAAAAGCCUGUGUCAAUAAAAUUUAUUGAAUUAUCCAUUAUAGAAUGUGGGUUUUUAAAAAAGUGGAUACAACCAAUUAUACCACACACAAGAACUGGUAAAAAAGUGGCAAUCGUAGGGUCAGGACCAGCAGGAUUGGCAGCAGCUCAACAACUGAACAAAGCUGGGCACCAAGUUACUAUUUUUGAAAAAGAUGAAUAUUUUGGUGGAUUAUUAACAAAUGGAAUACCUAAUGUACGUUUAGAUAAGAAAAUUGUAGAAAGAAGACUAGUACUUAUGAAAAGAGAAGGAGUAAUUAUGAAAAAUAAUAUUAAUGUUGGUGUAGAUAUAACUUUAUCUGAUUUAAUAAAAGAUUAUGAUGCAGUCUUAUUAGCUACAGGUUAUAAAAUUCCUAGAAAAUUAGAUAUACCAGGAGCAAAUUUAAAUAACAUAUUUUACGCAAUGGAUUUCUUAACGUCUUGCCAAAAUUCUUUAACAAAAUCAGAUUUAAUGGAUGAUAAUUACAUAGAUGUUUCUGAAAAACAUGUAAUUAUUAUAGGAGGAGGAAAAACAGCUGUUGACUGCAUUAGUUUAGCUAUUCGUAUGGGCGCUGCAAGUGUUUUACAAUUUACCAGACAAGAAAUAGCACCAACAAAUACUACAGAAUACUGGUGGCCAGGAACAAAAAAUAUUUUCAAAGUAGAGUACUCACAUGAAGAAGCUAUCAUUAUUCAAGGAAGAGAUCCAAGAGAAUUUUGUGUAAGAAGCUUAGAAUUUAUUCCAUCUAGUAAAGACCCUAAAAGAGUAUCUGGAAUUAAAGCUAUAAAAGUGAAAUUGAAAAAAAAUACUAGAAAUGAAACGAAUAAACAAAUUAAUAAUAAUACGGUGAAAAAUGAAACAAAAAAACAACAAUCUAAAACUAAUAAAAUAAAAACCAAUAAAAACUCAACAAACAAUACUCAAGAAACUACAACUGCAAGUUCUCAUUCGUCAUCUUCAAUAACUGAGAAUGAUAUAAUUCAGAACUAUCAGCAAAUAAAAACACAUAAAGAAUAUUUUGAUAUACCAUUUACAGAAAGAAUUUAUAAAGCAGAUGUUGUAAUUUUAGCAUUAGGUUUUACUAAAACAGAUGACUCGAUUUGGGAAAAUGACAAUAUUAAAAUUGAACUUGAUAAUUUUAAUUGCAUAAAAACAAACAACAGAAACUAUCAAACUAAUCAUAAAAAAAUUUUUGCAUGCGGGGAUUGUAGAAUAGGAUCUAGUACUGUUGUACAGGCCAUUGCAGAAGGAAGAGACGUAGCCUCAAAGAUUGAUGAAUAUUUAACUAAUUUUGUAUCUAUUCUUCCCCCAUGUAAUACUUAUUAUUAUUAUCCUCGAAACUAUAAGAAUGUACCAUUUAGGUAUUCUUAUUGGGGAUAA